CCACCGGGAAGGCGCUGGGGGUGUGGCCAGGGGCCGGUAUAAAGUCCGGGGGAGCCGGUCCCAGGCAGCAGCUCAGCCCCCUGCCCCCUACAGCCAGCCGCCUGGGCCGGGCCGAGGAUGCGGCGUAGCGCCAGGCUCGCUCCCCUCCGGCCCGCUUGCUAACUUCCUCGGCUUCGUCCUUGUCCGCCAGCGGAGCCACCCCGUGUCCCCGCGCCCUCCGGGUCGGGUCCUCCAGGCGCGCCGGGCGCUGCCUCUGUGUCCCCCGCCGCCCGCCCGUGCCCCGUCCUCGCCCGGUCAUGCUGCCUCUGUGCCUCGUGGCCGCGCUGCUGCUGGCCGCCGGGCCCGGGCCGAGCCUGGGCGACGAAGCCAUCCACUGCCCGCCCUGCUCCGAAGAGAAGCUGGCGCGCUGCCGCCCCCCCGUGGGCUGCGAGGAGCUGGUGCGAGAGCCGGGCUGCGGCUGUUGCGCCACUUGCGCCCUGGGCAAGGGGAUGCCCUGCGGGGUGUACACCCCCCGCUGCGGCUCCGGCCUGCGCUGCUACCCGCCCCGGGGCGUGGAGAAGCCCCUGCACACGCUGGUGCACGGGCAAGGCGUGUGUAUGGAACUGGCAGAGAUCGAGGCUAUCCAGGAAAGCCUGCAGCCCUCUGACAAGGACGAGGGUGAUCACCCCAAUAACAGCUUCAGCCCCUGCAGCGCCCAUGACCGCAGGUGCCUGCAGAAGCACUUCGCCAAAAUUCGAGACCGGAGCACCAGUGGGGGCAAGAUGAAGGUCAUCGGGGUCCCUCGGGAGGAAGCCCGGCCUGUGCCCCAGGGCUCCUGCCAGAGUGAGCUGCACCGGGCCCUGGAGCGGCUGGCCGCCUCACAGAGCCGCACCCACGAGGACCUCUACAUCAUCCCCAUCCCCAACUGCGACCGCAACGGCAACUUCCACCCCAAGCAGUGCCAUCCGGCCCUGGAUGGGCAGCGCGGCAAGUGCUGGUGUGUGGACCGGAAGACGGGAGUGAAGCUUCCGGGGGGCCUGGAGCCGAAGGGGGAGCUGGACUGCCACCAGUUGGCUGACAGCUUCCGCGAGUGAGCCCUGUCAGCAGGCGGGGGGCUCACUGCCCCCUGCUGCCCCCUCCCCUGGAGGCUGCAGAGCUGACCUGGAGCCUGGGUCUGAGUCCUGGCCCUGCUUCUGGCCCAGAAGUUUCCCUUGGGGUGUGUUUGUGUGUAUGCGUGUGUGGGUGUGUCUUUAUGAGCAUGGGUGUGCCCUUGGGGUGAGCCGGAGCCUAGGGGUGUCCUUCUUGGGGCUUAGAUAGCCUGAGAGAGCCCUGGUAUGUUUCCAGAUUGAUCCGGGAUUCAUUCAGCCUUUCAGCCAUCUAUAAACACUUCUUGACC